CCGCAUCAUCAAGUGGAAUCACAACAAUCCAAAGGCGCUUAUGAUACCCGGCGCAUGACUAAUUCAGGGACAAACACCAAGAACCUAUGACCACGAACGACUCCACAAACCAUUGAGAAAAGUACUGUACUGUAGCAUCAAUUCGUAUCAACAACCUACCCCGCGAGUAACGACCAGAACACCCCACGGUAAACAUCAUGGCCGCCAGCAACCUCUCGACAUACUCCGAUUGCGUCUCCUCUCUCCGCACAUCCCUUAAGUUCCUCGAAUCCUCCGUUGAGACUCUUGAUAAUGGCGUCUCCGAUUUUCCCCGUCUAGUCAACGUCCUCAAGACCGUCCGCCACUACGAACUCAUCCCACAGCCCACUCUCGCUGCAGCCGAAGCCUCACUACGCGACGAAAUUGGCCCGUAUAUUGCCCUUCUUCUUGCCCGCGCGGACUCCCAGAUCGAGCGCCAGGAGCGUCGCAUCGAAACACUCAAAGCCCGCGCAGAGCUCCAGCAGGGUCGUUUAUCCCGCCCGGACGAUGACUACGACGAAUACGGUGGAAAGUCUAAGAAGCAGAGAACCGGGAGUCGUAAGUUAACUGCAGAGGAGAAGCUCCGCGCGCGAGCAGUUCGGCAGCGCAAGGAGGCUCUGCGUUAUGGUGUUGAGAGAUUAGAGCUGGAGGUGCUACAGAAGGAGAGGGAGCUCAGGAAGAGAUUGGAAGGGUGAAAAGUCAAGGCGGUAUUGAGUUCCAGAAAAACGACAAACGAAGAAACAGCUCAACGGAGGCACUAUGGAAUAUGGUCCUUCUGUGCAGCGAGAUCUCCAAGGCGACGCAUCAUGUCCAAGAGGCCGAGACGUGAAGUCGCACCGAUCAAUGAGCAAGCCAGGUGGGAUUGGCACCGGGCACAUACCGGCGUCGUCAACAUAUCAAGCAAUGCCAUCCCCCCUCAGCGACAAACACGCGGAAUGCAGCCGGAGGAUUAUGUACUGAGUUCAAGAUGA